AUGGCUGAAAACAAUGCAGGAAAUGAAGUGUCUGGGCGAGUUAAGGGAAUUAUGUGUCAACCAUGUUUCAAUAACAAUAAACAAACAACAGCGGACAAGUUUUGUCCAACUUGUAAUGAAUUUCAGUGUUUGGAUUGUUCCAAAGUUCACUACACUCACGCCUUCUUAAAAAGUCACAAGUUAGUGAAUGCAAAUGAGUCGAAAACGAAACAAGGCUCGUUUGAUAUGAAAGGAUUAGACCAAUGUGAUCAACAUCAGAAAGUUCUAGAAUUCUUCUGCGAAGAUGAGAAUCAGCUCUGCUGCAGUACAUGUGCUAUUGUUGGUCAUCGUAAAUGUCACAGCGUUGUGGAAAUUCUGAAGGUCGCCGGAAGGUCAACAAAUACAAAGUCAACGUUAAAGGUUAAAAUGGAGGAAGUGAGACAGAAGGCGUACAAAAUCGUAGACAGCAUUGUCUCAUCAAAAGAGAAACUAGAUGAAGAUGCUAAAGAAAUACCAGUCAAAAUACGGCAAAUGCGGGAUGAAGUAAUGAAAAUGUUUGACGAGUUGGAAGUUUCCGUUGUUAAAGACGUUCAAUCGUUUCGGAAAGAGACAUUAGACAAGCUGACAAUAAAGCAGUCUCAGAACGAAAAAUAUCUAGCUGAUAUAACAGCAUAUCUGGAAACGAUUGACGACGUGUAUCAGAACGGAUCUUUGGCACAACAGUUCAUAGUAGAGCAGAAGAUGAAGAAUGACGUCGAUGUUCUUCACACAAAUGUCGAUGCAGAAUGUCAUGAUUUAAAGACAGUGACAGUAAGCUUUGAUUUUGAUGAAACAUUAAAACUUCCUCCUCUGUCAGUCACUGAUUAUAUACCAGGACAGCUGACUUUAAAAUCCUGUCUAUCAGAGGUAGCCAGUACUAUAUCUCCUGUUAACAAAGCAAUGAUACUUACACCAAUAAAGUCCAUUGAUUUAAAGCAGAAAAAGGAUGAUGACAAAGAGCCAUAUUAUACAGGGAUUGAUUUUUUACCUGAUGGUAGACUUGUUGCUGUGGAUAAUAAAAACAAGAAAUUAUUAGUUUACAAUGAGAAGCUUGAGAAAGCAGGAUCAUAUCAGUUAUCUUACCCUCCACAAUCCGUUGUUGCUGUAUGUGAUGAGGAAGUAGCGGUCACAAGUGCCAAUGGAUUUAAAGUUAGACAUUCUCAAUGUUAA